CGUUGAGGAAGUAAACAGGUGAGGUGAAAUAUAUUUGAACAAAACACACUUGUACAGCAGAGUUUUGACUCUCAUUAUGGAUUUCAACGCUUAAGUUGGAACUACUAUCGUCGAGGAAUCUAUUACAAAGGAUAUAUAGUAAGCUGGAUCCAAACAUAAUGAAUUAAAUACACACCUGUAAUCAGUGUCACCUGGAAUAAUUUUUUUGUAAAAGAUGGCCCCAAUUUCGAUGACUAAUGGGCCUGGAAAGGUUCUGCUACUAUUAUUGAUACAGUUGGUGGCUGUGAAAUCUCAAGAACCAGGAGUAGAAGUUCAAUUUCCACUCGAUGGUGGCCUCAUAGAAUAUGACCAAACUAUUACAACAGAACAUAGCCCUUACAUUGUACGCAAUGAUAUAAUUGUGGCUGGAAGUGCCGUGCUAACAAUUGACGCUGGAGUAGAAAUGAGAUUUAGCCCAGGUGUAGGAAUGGUCAUUAAUGGGACACUCAUAGCGAGGGGUCGUCCAAAUCAACAUAUUUUACUAACUCGUGAAGGAAUUCAGGGAAAUGUUGAAUGGCCAAAAGACAUCCGGUUGGUCGAGGGGGAGUGGGGAACAGUGUGGAAGGGAAAUCUCAACCUUCAUCAUCAAGGAAAAUGGCGUCAUGUCUGUACAGCAAACAGAAACUGGACCCAAAUUGAUGUGAAUACAACCUGCCACCAUCUUGGAUUUCUGACCGGUAACUUCACAUUUGAAGAGCUUGCUCGCAAUGACACUGUUUACAUGCAGUAUGAGCAGCCUAACUGUACUGGAUCUGAGGCCAAUCUUUUCCAAUGUCCUGGGGCAAGGAACAUCAAACUUGGAGGAAGAAUAUGUGAAAACCAAGAGAUAGUUGGCAUAGAGUGUAUAGGACUGGCUAAUAAUGUUGCCACCGAUUUCUGGAAAGGUAUCGAGUUUUGGAACUCAACUACGAUCCGCCACGAGAUUACACAAAGAAACAUUUACAACGAGUCAGCAUCAGUGAUGGAGUAUGUGGAUAUUCGUUACGCAGGAAUGGAAUAUGAUGAUUACUUCAAGAGAAUUAAUAAAGAGGGUGUCAGGAUCAGAAAUCCUAUUGCAUCAGUACGUGCGGCACCAAGGGCCCCAAAGAUGAACCACGUUACUGUAAAAUUUAGUGCAUUAGAUGGCAUGAACCUUUCAUCUGUUGUUACAUCCUCUCAAGUAGACCAUUCAGAGGUGUCUGAAAAUAGAGGUCAUGGUUUAGUGGUGAGGUCUCGCAUUGGCAGAGUACAAGUAAACGGUGGCAGUUUUCACCAUAACUCUGGAGAUGGAAUCCGUGUAAAAAUGAUGGAUGAGAAAUAUUUUCUGUAUGGACAGUAUCAUGAAGGGUUUUGUCGGGCAGCAUCACUUCGAAGCCAGGCCUAUCCAGUUCAGAUUACUGGGGUCCCUGAUUUAAGUUCCCCAUGCGUUAGGAGAUAUGAAACACAACGUGGUCACAUCCUCAGUUUGGUUGUCUUGGAGAUGGACCGUGAAAACAGGGAGGAUAUAGAGGGAUGGCUUGAGGUACGAGAUGGGGAGUUCUCAACUGCUCGUCUCCUAAUGCGUGUGAAGAUUCUUAAUGGAACCAUGCCUCAGGGAAUAACAACAUCUACUGAGUACAUGUGGCUUCAAUUCAGGUGGAAGGCCAAAAGUCAUUUAAACUGUGUGAAGCUGGAAUCAUGUUUGAAGUUCACAGUGCGUAUUGAAAGCAUUCCUACUUCUUCCACAUCUGGACCUUAUAAGGGACCAGAAGCGGAUGCUGAAAUUAGAAUCAAUACCACCACAGCGCACAACAAUACUGGACAUGGGAUAUAUGUAGAGAAUGUGAGGAAUUAUGUAUUUGUUAACCACUCUGUCGUCAGCGACAAUCAAUACGAGGCAGGGCUACGUGUUUAUGGAGGUGCGGGGGAUGUCCAUGUUAAUCACAGCAUCUUUGAACGCAAUGAAGAGAGUGGAGUCAACAUUACAUACACUGGGGGAUACAGGAUUUUCAAUCACUCGACUGUCAGCAAUAACAAAGGAGAUGGGAUAUAUAUAAGACUGAAUGAGACAAUGAAAGUUGAGAAUCGGUCACGAUUUGAGAAAAUUCAACGAACUGAGAUAUUUCACUGUCGUAUUGAGAAUAACAAUGGAAUGGGCGUCAUGGUUGGGAAUUAUUGCCUGACUCCAUCUAUAGUUCACCAUCGAAUGCCAAACGAAGAAGUUAAAAUUGAUGAGAUCGGAUUGACAGUGAUUAACGAGACAGAUAUACAUGGUAAUAGACUGCUGGGUAUCGAUUUCGAAUCUUGUUGGAGGAGCGAUUCGUCUAAUGUCAACUUUACUGUUGGAUACAGUCGUUUUUCAAACAAUGGACGUCUGGCUAUCAGAGGAGCUCCUAUGCUUCAUGUUGUUGGAAGAAUUGGAAAUAACACUUUCAGAGAUCAUACUGUAGGUGUACUCUUGUUAAACAAUGGAGAUGAUCCAGUAUGGCGUCGGAUCUAUCAAAAUAUGAAUGUGAACUACUCUUUGAGCAGUAAUAUAUUCGAACGUAACAGUGGACGGUAUGUUGUGAAUUUACAAAUGACUAAAGAAAGUGGACAACAAGUUCUGGAGUUUAAACAUAAUUAUUUAGAUGGUAAUACAAUAAAUCUGACAUUUCCUGGGUUGAAUGCAAGAUCCAGGAGCAAUGCGGUUGCCGUUGUUUCAUCCAAUAAUGUCAUCUUCCAAAACAAUCACAUGGUAAACCCGUCAUCUUUAUUUGAAUUCUCAACACACUUGGUAGACCAUACUCUCCAAGUCACAGUCAACAAGAACUGGUGGGGCACCACAGAGUAUAGUCAGAUUGCCGGACGUUUGUUCGACUACAACCAUAGAUACGAUCUUGCACGCUUGGUGUACGACCCUGUUCUACUAACCAGUAACAUAUAUGGCGAUAAAUACACUGACACAUUUCCAAAAUUCGAGGAAGAAUUCCAAAGACCUGGCACUAUGAUUAUAGGUGGCCGAUUAGGAGGGCAGUCGUGGAGUGGAGUGAUAGGUGGUACAUACACUGUUGAUAAGGAUAUCCACAUUGAGCGAGAUGGUGCUAUGAAUUUGAAACCUGGUGUUACCUUACUAUUUCCAAAUUCAAUAGGUAUUCUAGUAGAAGGGGAGUUGAUGACUCGAGAUAGUCCUAAUAGUCCUAGUUUGUUUACACUGGGAGAGGAGCCUGAGACAUGGAUUAACGACACUCAUGUCCGUAUUGGGCGGCAAUGGGGAAGCAGUGAGGGACUACUUGAAGUUUACAAAGAUGGACAAUGGGGAACUGUUUGUAAUGUGGGCUGGAACAUGGCUAAUGCUGCCCUAGUGUGCCAGAUGAUGGGAUACACGGUGCAUCCAGAUUCAUGGCUGCCUCAGCAAACACAGCGGGGAGACCCAGGCCAGCCUAUAUGGCUGUCCAAUGUUUACUGCGACGAGAUGGACUCCGAUAUCAUGCAGUGUAGGGCAGACCAGCUGGAAGAUCACUCCUGUGAUCAUUCCAUGGACGUCAAUGUGAAAUGUGUCCCAGUAACAUGGGCAGGUGUGAGAAUAACAAUGGCACAGGUUCAACGUCCCAGCAUACUUCGUCAUCUCACCAUUGAAAAGUUUGGCUUACUUGACCCUGCAGUGGCCAAGUAUGCCCCUGGGCUACAGGUAGACUACAAUUUCCAUACCCUAGAGCAUCUCAAAAUUAGACAGGGUAACUCAGCAGGAAUGCAGAUAUUCCGGAACUUUCCAUACGGAGCACAUAGUGUUCAGCACUUAAAUAUUGAGAAUAAUAUUGGAAGUGGACUAAUCACUCGGAGUCCCUGGAUUAAAGUUAAAUUCUGUAAUUUUAUUGGGAAUACCCGCGCUGGUCUGGAAUAUGAUCCAUCAUUUAAAGAGCAGGACGCUUGGCAGGUUAGAAGCUGGAUGAAGGACCCCAUUUAUAUAGAGCGCUCCACUAGUUCACUUUAUGUACCUGGUAUUAAUCAGAAUCAGGGUGGAUUCAAGUAUCUUUUUACUAGGCGAACAUAUGAACCAGAUUUGUAUGAUUAUUGGGUAGAGGUCCGCACAGACACAUAUCCAAAAUUCAUUUUGUCAGUUGAACUACUAGACUAUAACCCAGACACACAUAUGGAGAAUUUAACAUUUUAUGAUAGUCAGCGAAUUAAUUACCUCACAGCUCGUAAAUGGGAGGUUGAACGGGAUCUGGUGGACUUCCCAUUACUCUCCAGUGGCCCAUAUAUUACUAUUAACUGGAAGACUCAUGGAAUUGUCUCUGGCCGCCUGUCUAUGAUCAUUCGCUCACGGCCAUUACAUUCUCGAAGGGUGUAUCCAAAUCUAGACGUUGAGAAUUCUACGAUGGCAGGAAACAACCAAGGAAUAGUGACAAAACACUACAAUAGUCCAUCUAAUGAAUUCUAUGAUUUAUUUAUCCGAUACUACUGGGAGGAAAUUCGCAUGUAUGGUUUGACUAUUAGAGACAAUGUUGAAGAUGCUAUGUUUAUUCCGAGUAUCACAAAGUAUCACCAGUAUUACAUGCCUGAUUGGCGUACGGAAGCGGCUGCCCCGGAGCGUUUGGCAGAUAUCUGGUACACCUUAGAAAGUUGUGAAAUAUUCAGGAAUGGGAAAGGGAUACAUGCAGAGCACAAUCAUGUUGAGUUCACUAAUAACGCAUGGCAUUGGGAAAUUAUGGCAGUUCAUGUGUACAAUAACAGGGAGGGUGGAUACAUCAUAGAAUUGCCAAAAAUCAACAGCGACCAGAUUGAUCGAUAUGAAUUCAGCAAUCACACAGUGAAUGUGAAUGACAGUAUCUUUGAGAAUAAUGAGCGAUUUGCAUUUGUGGUCCAUGGAUUUUACUGCAAUGGUACCCUGUAUAAUAACAUAUUUAGGAAUAAUGUGGCUCUCAAGGGAAUUUUUACAAUCUCUGGUAUGGAGAAAGACCUUGAAGUAGAGUACAAUUAUUUCUAUGACAACACAGGAAAAUAUGUUGUUCAGUAUGACAUCUCUAGUCAUAACGAUUAUUCAGUGGGAUGGUACUGGUAUAACCCAUAUUUCAUGUAUAAUGACUUGAAAAGGAACAAGCCUUUCUCUAAUAGCAACCCUGAUAAUAUAUACAGUCCUGAGAGUUACACAAUGGCCGUCAUAGGUGUGCAGAAUAUCACUGUUAACAGGAAUUUAUUCGGAAAUAGCAUGGCAUUUGAGAUCGUUGCUGGGGUAUCUUCAUCUUCCCUCCUGAAUUAUUUAGAUGUCAGGGAGAAUUAUUGGGGAACAAGGGAUCAGAUGGCCAUCAGAAACAGACUGUUUGAUUUUGAUCAUUGGAAUAGUUUUGCGAUUGCGGAGUAUUAUCCAUAUCUCAUAGAUAACAAAUUUGAUUCCUUGUUAUCCACUGGAGGCAAGAUUGAAGUUGAGUUAGAUAUUAAUAAACCAUUAGGAGGUCGUGUGAAAAAAUCGUUAACAUUGACCCGCAAAUCUGUACCAUAUGUGGUUGUAGCAGACCUGACUGUCAUGCCUGGUGCAAUCCUGGCUCUUGAACCAGGAGUAAAGAUCACAUUUGCCCCUCACGUUGGAAUCCUCGUCCUGGGUACCCUGGUUGCUAGGGGAGAUUUCCACCGUAGGAUAGAAUUUAGUCCUAUGGAACCAGGAAGUGGGAGGAUGAAACGACAAUCGGGUGCUCCUACCUCACUUUCACAUAUGAUUCGCUUACAUGGAGGUGAAAGACCUAACGAGGGUUUUGUUGAGUUAUUUAAUAAAACAACUAACAGAUGGAAUAUUGUUUGUGACCAAAACUGGAAUGAAAAAACUGCAGAAGUGGCAUGCCGUGAUCUUGGAUUCGAAUCCCAAAAUGUGCAUAUUAGACGAACCAAACACUAUGAUGCUUUUGUCCAUGGAUUCUAUCCAACUAUAUUCCGCAAGUAUUUCUGGGAAAGUACAUUUUUCUGUGACGGUACAGAAACGAGCCUUGAUCAAUGUAAUAGAAAGAUGAACUACCACCUAGCACAAUGUAUCAACGACAGACAGUAUGUGUUCAUGAGAUGCGAAGAAAGAAACUUACCGCAGGGCUACCAGUAUUGGGGAAAUAUACGCUUCUCAUCCUAUCACUUUGAAUGGUACAAAGAGGAUGAUGUUGAAGAUUGUGACAAGUCAGGUGACUGCACAAAGAAUGACUGCUCUGUGCUGGAAUAUGUCACAAUUACUGGUGCGGGGAUGUUACAUGGUGAAAAAGCUGCUGCUGUCCAAACAGCCUACCAGACCCCAGAGAGUAAUCAUGUGACCAUACAGCAGUCACUGUGGAAUGGCUAUGAUUUCAUAGCCCCUCGUUGUCCCUACAGAGUGGCCCAUAACCAUCUGAAUGAUAACCUUGGGUAUGCUGUUGGUGCACUCGUGCUGAAUGGGGAAACAAGCGACCGGAGAGAAUCUUCAUUUUUUCCCUUGAGUAUGAAUAAUCUACCUUACAAUACAUAUGGCCUUGUCCGUAUAUGCACAUCUGAGAGGCGUAUAGAAGUCCAAAACAGAGUGCUCUUGUACUACAAAUAUGACUUCCGUCCAGUGGAUUGUGUGAAAGUCCUUAAGAGCAAGGCUAGAAACAAGCGUAUUGCAAUACGCUUCCUGCAGCUUAAUGUAUUCAAUGAUACAUUUGACAAGAACAAUAUUGAAAUAUUCAAUGGAGAGUACUUUGAUAAUACUGAACUCCUUGCUUCUAUUGAUGCUGGGAAUCAACUCAAAAUGGGACGGAUGCGCUUCGAGUCCAGUGAUGUAGUUGAGACUGACAGAUGGGGUCAGCGUUAUGUGAGUGAGGCCAUCUCUGUUCACAUGCAUGCUUCAGCUGCUCACGGCAACUAUGGAUUUAUUGCAGAGGUGACAUCUUUACCACAGGCCGUUCCUGGAAACAAUGCUGAACAUCGUCAUGUCGUGUACAACACAACCAUCACAAAGAACCAGCGUGGAGGCAUCCACUAUAUGAACGUUGGUGAAAUAACUCCAUCUAUGAUCGUAGAUAACUGUCGAUUACAAAACAAUGGGCUAGCCAUGAGAAAUCUCUCAUCAGAACCUGUCAUAUAUGGAUUUGUACAGAACUCAAUUGGUUUCACAAUUACGAAUAAUUAUAUGUCAUUCAACAAAGGAGGAGUGAAUAUUGAGACUACAACAGUGUCUGCUGGUUCUGCAUUGUCUGCUAAUAUUUCCAAUAAUGUGAUGAGCUUUAACACACAUGGAGAAGUCCUCCAUGUUAUUGGUCACCACUAUCAGAGAUUCAAUGUGUAUGGAAACAUGUUCUCCCACAAUGAUGUUGAAUACAGGAACCUUACUGCCUUCUUUGGUGUCAUUGUCAAUGCUACAAGUAAUACAUUCUGGAACAAUACAGCUGGUGUUAUCGUCAACUCAUCCUCAAUUGAGACUGUGGAAGAUCCCCAUAGAUUCCAGUAUAACUCCAUGUACCGUAACAGAGCGCUUGGUCCAUGGUUCCGUACUACUGUAUAUUGUGCCAGCUCCAGAGCAAGGCUGCACCAUAACUACCUUGUAAACGAGAUGAACUUUCAUGAACUUGUCACUGGGAAUAGAACCAGGCAAUACUGUCCAGAUAUUACCAAAUGGGAGGAAUGUGAGAAGAACUACCCCACGGUGGAUGCAUCCAACAACUGGUGGGGACAUCAUCUGAGGGUGGCGGUUAGUGGACGCAUAUGGGAGAGGCAGGAUGAUGAUAAUCUAGUCAGGGUCCAGUUUGAGCCAUUUUACUCAACAAAUCAGAGUUUACUGGAUGGUAGAUGUUCCCCUGGGUGGACGUUACACAAGGAGCGCUGCUAUAAGUACUUUGGUGGAGCCGUGCCCUGGGAUGAUGCACGGCUACAUUGCGCUCUCGAGGGCUCACAGAUAGCCUGGGUGAAAUACCGUGAAGAGUACCUGACGACCUUUAUGAAGGACAGCCAAUCAUAUUACUUCUACUGGAGGAGUGCCUGGGUGUCCAGGGAUGAUAUAUGGGCGGGAAGGUGUGCAUCGCUACGUAACAAUAGGGUGGAAAAUGAGUUCUGCCACAUUCUGCAGCCAUUUAUAUGUGAAAAAGAUCCAUACAUUGCAUCCCAGAUGGAUUGGCCUUUGGUUGGUGGUCUCAUAGGGGGAUUUGGAUUCAUCCUGAUUGUUGUGAUCAUCCUACUUGCGCUGUGGUGCAUCAAGUCCAAAGAGAGAAAGAAGCAGCAUUUAGAACGGGCAAACUCUCUUAGGUCGUUACGUGGUAGUAGACAGAACAUCAAUGCUAGUAAAACUACACUCAACACUGUAGAUCUAAGUAAAUCUGAACCAUAUAGGAGAUCACGUUCUAGACUUUAUAGAUCUAAGGAUUCUUUAGGAACAAGUAUGAACAGCAUUGAUAUCAUAGGUGCAACUAUGGAUGAAUCAAGUGAUGUAGACACUAUCAACAAAGCAAAGUUAGAUGAUGCAGCACGACAGGUUUCCGUAGAGUACCUACCAAAACAAAAUGGCAGUAAUCCUAGUGAUAUUUAUGCCCCGUCAACAAAGGUUGAUAGCAACAGUUACUAUGGUAGCGAAUAUGGCUCACAGGCUCAGUUUCCAUAUAGACUCGAAAAUGAGAUAGCAAAUAUCAUGGCUAAGCCAAUGUAUGAUAAUGUCUUACAGAAUAGAUCCUAUGACGAAAGAAGUAUUGACCGCAGCCAUUUACAAUUAGAAAUGUCACCUCCCCCUACCCCUAUGCAUCAGCAAUCUGCCCCAAUCACAGAGGAAUCACCUCAAUAUAAUGAACAGCCACCACAGUACACAAAACAACAGACACCUCCACGACCAACUAAAACGAGACCCCCAUCAGAUGUCCCACCCCCAAGGCCAGAUAGACGCCCUAGUGCAGACUUGAUUGACUCCCCCUACCAGAAUGUAUCCAUGGACCCACAAGGUCACAUGGUAUUGCAACAGGGUCCCCCUAGACCUCCUAAGGGGGGAAGGUACAGUAGUGCAGACUCUCUGAAUUCUACAGGGGAGAAACCUAAACCUCGGGAAACUGCUAUGUAACGAGAGUAGCCAUAACAACAUACAUAUUCAGGAGACAGAAAUGUUGCUGAACAUUAACACAGAUGAUACCAUAGAUACAGUUUGUGUCUUAAUUUUGACUGACAUCAUCAACUUUUUAUACUACCAUGGUAACAUGAGUUUAGAUAUGAGGAAUAACCAAUGGGCUGCUACUGUUUAUAUUAUACAGUUCUGUCAGUUAAUAAAGUAUAGUACCUCAUAAGAUCUAUCAUGACAACCAAGUGAAUAUAAUGCAAGCAAGGUAACACUUUUACUUAAUAAAAUCAAAAAUGCCAUUCAGUUGGUUUCAACAUUCAAAAUUGCCCUUUUCUAAGGAAAAGUGCUUCUGGGUCCUGACACAAUUCAAAAGAACGAAGUCAAAUCCAGACUGUUUGCUAAUAUUCCCCACUCAGGGUUUCUAUUCCAUGCCUCAAUCAUCAACCUCUGAUCAUAUGAUGUUCCAACAUGCAUUUCAUUCUUGCAUUGAUUCACACACAUCUGCAUGUAAAUCAGAAAGAUUUGUGAUAGAUAAGCACUUGACUGGUUUGUGAUAAUCUAAGGAAAGGUGAAUUAUGGAAAAAGUAUCUUAAAGAUGUAAUUAAUGAGCUCUUUGUGGUAAGUGUAAUGACAUGAAUUGUCUGUAAAUAGUUCUAAAGUGCCAUAGGCUUGUUCAGUGUUUGUUUUAUAGUUUAUGUGUGCUCGCUAUGGAUGUGAAAUAUCAAUUUUGUCAAAGAAGCAAUUGUGAUAUAGUACAGUCCACAUUGAUCCUGACAUCUUGUGGAUGUCCAUGUACAUUGUAAAGCGCUGUAAAUACAAAAUACCACUUUCCAGACGAUGUGAGGUUAAAUAUGUAUUGUACUGUAUAGGUUCAUUACAGGCCUAGAAUUAUUUUAGUAUAGAUUUUGUAUUGUAUGCAGUUAAGCACAAAUAAUGCUGUAAUGCUGCGCUUACCAUGUUGCACUUACGCUAACAUUGCAAUGUAUGGAUAAGAUUACAUUUUAUAUGAAAAAUUUAGAUCAUGUUUUUAUUAUUUAAUUAUUUUGAGCUGAUCUAGGGUACAAACAACAUUGUUACUUUAGGAACUAUAACUUGACUAUAUCAUUGAGAUUUACUCAAAUAUCACCAAAUAGAUGUAUAUACUUUAAUAAUACUAUAAUUUAAAAACAUUAAAAAAUAUCAUCUUUAGAUUUUAGACUUAUCAUAAAGAAUUUUUCUCAUGUUUUGUGAUUUUAGUUGUGUGACAGAUUUGAAUCUUGACACAAAAAGUUUUGACUGAUUAUAAGUUCAUCUUGCCAUUUUUCAAUUUAUUGUAUAGAAUAUGAAAAAUACAAACAUUCCACAGGAAAACAGCAAGGUUUUAGUAUUACAGGUGCAUUUAUGCUUUGAGAUAUUGAAUAAAAAGUAGACCCUACCACCUUUUGGCAUAUCAAAGAUAUAUUGGCUAAAUUGGUGAUGUCAUUGGUUGUACAUAUCAAAAUAAGCAUAAGUUAAUUCAAGAAGUUUUAUCUAUUUUUGAUUGGACAAAUUGCAACUUACAGCCAAUUACAUCAUCAAUCUAGCCAAUAUAGCAGAGAUUCUUGAUGGAUCAAGGGUGGCAGGGUUUAUUGG